AUGGCAGGGAGUGCGGAGAGAACGCGGAGGCAGUGUGAGGAGUUGCAGAACGAGAUCUCUCUGAGGAAGGAGGACGCCAAGCACUUGCAUGCGCUCAUCCAGAAAGCUCGCGCCAAGGAGGCUGAAGCUGUUCAGCUGGCCGAGGAGAGGGAGCAGAGGAUCCUGGAGCUGAGAGAAAAAGUAGAGAAGUUCCGCAGGCGUGAUGUGGACAGAGCAGCAUAUCUUGAAGAAACAAGAUCACGACACUUGCAGGAAGUCAUCAUGCUUGAAAACAUCAUAAAGGACCUGCAGGCAAAGCUGGACAUUGAAGCGCAGCAAAGGAAGGAUGUGGAGAAGCGGUGUGCGAGGCUUGAAUCAAGGCUCUACAAUGCCAAGGCACCUGCGGCCAUCACUAUCGAGAAGCUCGCAAAGGCGAGACAUGCGCUAGAAAUGACAGUAGAGAGCUUCUCUGAGAAUCAAACGAACAUGCAACAGCAGCUGGAGAAAAUCAACCUCGCACACGUAGCUUUUUACAGCAACCUAGGGAGGCAUGUCAGAAACGGAGGCCCAGCAAGUAGCUCAAGUCCCAGCCACGGGGGAAUUGUCAAGAGAGGGUUUUGA